AUGUAUGACUUCAUUGUAUUUGGUGAAGAAAAUUGCCACCCAUGUAUCGACGAUGUGCAAGAUUGUGAAGUAAAAAGUAUCAUAGAACGGAUCAGUGCUACUACAGAAGAAACAUCGUUUGCAACUAUAGUAGGAUCUGAUGAUGCCAUUGAUGUUUUUGCACAAGCUGGCUUUCACGGCAUUCCAAAGUUUGAAACAAGAAAACAGCUUGUGGAAGAGCUUUGUCAAUUUUUUGUAAUUGAUAAAGCGAGAAGUGCAAUUGAGCAGUUCAAGGACGGGUUAAAAACACUGGGUGUUCUUAGCUUAGUAAAAGGAAAUCCACUUCUCUUCCGCCCAUACUUCUGCCAUCGUAGCAAGCCGCUGACCGCGAUAGAAGUUGACAGAAUAUUUACACCAGAUUUUUCAGAAGAUGGUUGUCGAAGACGUGAAAGGGAGCAGCUCGUUAUAAUGCAUUGGCGUGACUAUCUACAAGAGUGCGAAGCAAACUGCUUUGCCAAUGUUUCAGAGCCUCUUGUAUCUUUGCCAAUGAUUAUGAUUUUUGCAACUGGGUUGGAGGAAGAGCCUCCCUUAGGAUUUCAUGACAAACCAACUAUUUGUUUCUGGGAAGAUGUUCGUCCCAAAAGCAACACCUGCGCUCACAUUUUGUAUUUGCCACUUCAUAAUGAUAAAGAUGAUCUUAGUUAUGAAGAAUUUCAAGAAAUGAUGAACGAUGGGAUUCUGAACUCACCUACAUUUGGUGCUCCAUAAACAUGCAUGUAUAAGAAAGCUGUUGAAGU